AGUCAUCGGGAACUUAGUUUUAAAUACACCGUUUGUUGUUGUUGUUGUUGUUUUCCACCUCCAGCAAAAAUAACUCUCUCUCUCUCUCUCUCUGUAUCUAUCUAUCUACAGCCGCUCUUCGCUUUAUCUCAUCCCAGAUGAUUGCGCUUCAGAAAUGUCGCUGAAAUUUUGGAAAUGUCUGAAGCGAUACUUCUCAUCGUCUUCUAAGUUGCGGAAGCACAGUCGACCGCAUAAUCUAAAGGGAAAAUCAACCAGUUCACAAAAAUGGAUCACACGCCAGUUGCGGGACCCUUAUGUGAAACGGGCUCGGGAGGAGAGUUAUAGAUGUCGAAGUGCCUUUAAGUUAGUAGAAAUAGACGAUCGAUUCGGUCUUCUUCGUCCGGGUUCUGUGGUUAUAGACUGUGGAGCAGCACCAGGUUCCUGGACUCAGGUAGCUGUGGAAAGGGUGAAUGCUGCUGGAACAGCCAAAAGUCAAGCCGAGGGCUGUGUGAUAAGCAUUGACAAACAGUUUAUGGUUCCUGUGAAAGGGGCCAUCACACUAUCUACAAUGGACUUCACAAAGGGCCACACCCAAAGCAAAAUAAUUGAAAUGCUCAACGGACGUAAGGCAGACAUCAUUCUCAGCGACAUGGCCCCAAAUACUACAGGAAUCCGUUCAAUGGACCAUGAUCUUAUUAUAGAACUUUGUUUUUCUGUUCUUGAAUUCUCUCACAGCGUUCUCCAGCAGGAUGGUGCACUCCUCUGCAAACUGUGGCAAGGCCAUGAACAAAAGGAAUUGGAGAAACGGUUGGGUGAAGUUUUUCAGACUGUUAAAAUUGUCAAACCCCAAGCUAGCAGGGGAGAUUCAGCAGAAAUAUUUCUGCUUGGAAAAGGCUAUUCACCAAAUAAGACACAUAUUCGGUGAAGGAAGAAAUAUUUAACACUCACAUGCACACGCGCACAGACACACAUACACACACACACACAUACACACAUGUAUACAUAUGUUUCUCCCACUAAAAACAGGAUUGAUAACAAAUUUUUUUUAAUAAAAUUUAAAAAAAAAAUUAAAACAUGCAUAAGAGUUUUAAAAAGUAAAAAAAAAUACAAUUUUUUUUUUAAAAUUUAAAAGUUAUUAAAAAGAAAUGAAGGAAAUUUUAAGAUUCAAAGAAAAAGGGGGAAAAUAUAUAAAUAUUUAAUUACAAAGCUGAAAAUAAAGAAAAAAAAACGUAUUUUUAAUGUUCCUUUAACAUAUUGUAGAGGCAAAGGCUGGGAGUGAAAAGGAGGGUUAAGAAAUAGAAAACUGCUGCUACCACCACCAUUUGACUUGUCAGUACUCCCAUUGUAUUUGUAUAUUGAUACUCUUUGUCAAUAUUGCUAAACAGCUUGAGGGAAAUAAACAAAGCUAUGACCAA